AUGUAUACAGUCGGAGACAACACAGUGCAUAUAGCGGACAUAGGAUAUGAAACAUGCAAGGCAGGGUAUGCAGGCGGAGAGCUUCCUUCAAUUUUUGAGAAAAGAGGGAACAGAUCGGACGAAAAUGCUCUAACGAACACGCUGGAAGAGCUCACAGACGAUCUAUCAUCCAUUUCUCUAAUCAACAUAGAAGACCCGUUUGUAUCAAAGGAGGCGCGCAAGAAGAUGUUUUCACACAUAAUGGAGUCGUCUCUGUGCUCGGGAGUUUUGUUCAUCAAUGGAGCAGUAGCGGAUUGUUUUAGCUAUGGAAAAAGUGCUGGGCUGAUGGUUCGACUGUGCGGCCGAAGCACGCAGGUCAUCCCCGUUGUCGAUGGAUACUGCAUCAGCGGAGGAAUAAAAAGCUCGUGCGGAGGAGAAAGCCUUACGCAGUUCGCAAGAGAUCUGCUGAAACAAAAAUCAGCGCAGCUGGGGACAGAUCUUCUGGUUCCCCCAACAGCAAUUGAAGAAAGAACGCGCGUGUCAUUUGAGCAGCUGCCAAGAUUCAAAGAAAAAGCGUUUUACUCCACUCUUUCGGAGGAGAGCAAACUGCCAUUUGAGAUGGAGGUGGCAAAAUGCUUCAAAGAGUCUAUUUCCUUUAUUGGGCACUGCCAGCCAAAGUAUUAUGAGUUUUCUACAGGGUUUUGCACGAGAAUAUUCUCUGAGAGGAACCUAGUACCUGAAAAACUUUUCGAGGGAACAGACUGCACCCUCGAGAGACUGGACCCCAUGAAGCAGAUGCCCGGCCCAAUCGAGCCAAUGGGGCUCCUGGAGAUGAUAAAAAGCGCAAUGGACUCUGUAGACCUGGAGUACUACGACAUGCUGCUCGGGAACGUGAUGAUAUCGGGCGGAGGGUCGCUGAUUCCGGGAAUAACCGAAAGACUCCAGGCAGAUCUCAUGAAAAUGUAUCCAAACACCCGAAUAAAGGUGAACAAUGACAAAAGAGAGUUUGGCACAUUCUUUGGAGGGUCUAUUCUCGGCUCUCUGGGCGCCACAAGCACUCUGAUGAUAACAAAGGCAGAGUACGCAGAGAGUGGAGAGACCGCAUUUGACAGAAAAAGGUCCGAGUGGAUAAAAUAG